CAAUCAGCGGUGACGCGCCGCUUUGGCUGAGGAUCGCUGUCGGCUGGCCACCAUCCAUCCAUCGUGUGGCGCCUCUGCCAACAUCCCGCAUCCCCCAACAGCAAGCUUUCUCCUCGGCACCGCUAUCGCCACCAUCAUUCUCUGCUGCUGCUGUUGCUGCCGCCUUCCAAACGACUCCGCUACAUCCCUGACCCAUCCUCCAUCCGACUCGCUGCGAUUCCAAGCCAUGUCCGCAUCUGCCCCCCAACCGAUAAAUCCUGCGUUCGCCCUCGGAAACGGCCCCGUGUUUGCACCCGUCGAGGAAGAUCAGAAUACCGAAGACUUUGGCCCGAGCAGCUACCGACCCUACAACCGUGGCAACAAACUGAAGAGACGGGCUCGGGAGCCAGCCACGAUCUCGACUCGUCCUGUGCUCUGGGCAUCUGCUAAUAUCGACCAGGACUUUCAUCUCGGGCGCAUCGGUAAACGCCGCGCCAUCAUGCGGAAGGUGUUUAAUGCCUCUGGUGCGGCCGGGCCUGGUGCUGCUGCUCUUGCUCCGGACGACGAUGACGACGAUCCGUACAAGGACAUCAAGAUCGAAGAGAUCUGGGGGCUGCCUGAGUCCCUGGAUGACGUCCGGAACCAUCGGCCAAUGGUGCACAGCCUGCGAUCGAGGCAUCUUAAGAUGCUCGAGGCCACGAGCCUGGAGAUGAUCGAGAUGGAGGCACAGCUCUACAAGCUGCUGAAUCGGAUCUCGGACGUGUUCCAGGGCGACGACCCCGAGUUUGCGCCGCUGGUGGAUGUCGAGAAGACCAUCCCGGUCGAGCUGCUGCAGCGCAUUCGGGACCUAACCCAGGAGCACAUCGGAAACACUCGUGAGUCGAUGCGGAGGCUGACUCUCACCAAGACCAAGCUGAACCGCAUCCACGACGAAAAGAGGACGAUUGCGCGGCAGCUGGCGCCGGUUCCCAAGCCCAAGCCCGAGGAUGACGACAGCAUACCCGACUCGCUCAUUGGCGCUGUUAUGCAAGCGCAAUGAAGGAUUCUGCAUAUCGUGAUGGGGGGCGGUGCGAAGAAAAGCAGAGGGUGCUUUCCAGCUGGAGCGUCUCAAUGCACCUUAUUUUUGUAUCUGAGGAUAUGUGAGAGGCAGAGCGGAAGGCUGUUCUGGGGCUUCAUUGUGGCCAUUGGUGCUCGGCCAUUGGUGCUCGGCGACAUCGACCCGGUCCUCACCGAGCGGCUCGUUCUGGAGUUGAAAGCGCUCCACCCCCUACAAUCCAACAGCGCCCUCUGUGCUGGUCAGAGACAUGCAUCGCACCUGGAUCUGGAAUACACACGCAUUGCCCAGCCGAGCAUC